CUUGGUAAAGAAGAAAGAAAGCGGAGGGUUUAGCCAGAAACUAGCGGAGAACCCCUUCGCGGCGCAGCUCCUUUCUUCCUCCUCGGCCCUCGCGUCUCUUUUCCCAGUCGACGCACCGCCAAAAGCCCUGGGUAGGGUGACUGGGUGUCUGGGUCUCUACGCCUCCCUCGUCAUGCUGCGCCGCCUCCGUCUGCGCUCGCCGGUGUGCGCUGUCGCCGGCGCGGCCGCUGCAAUGGCGUCGCUCACCAACGUCGCCUACGCCGAUGGCCUCUUCCGCCGCCAGUCCCCGCCGUCGAAUCCAGGCGACGAGGACAAUUUGGGAGCCUCCGCGUUCGGCCGCGACCCGGAGACCCUGGAGCGCAUGGCUCGAGCGCUGCGGGAGAUCAACAACUCACCGCUCGCCAAGCAGGUGUUUGGACUGAUGCGGAAGCAGGAGGAAACACGCCUUACUGAGCUGGAGGCCGAGAAGGUCCAAUACGCCAUCUACGAGAAGCUCAGGGACAUGGAAAGGAUGGAGAAAAAAGCUGAAGAUUACAGAAAUAGUUUGCAACAAGAAGCACAAGUAAAAGCUCAAGCAUUACGCUUUGAGGAUGAAUUAGCUAGAAAAAGAAUGCAGACAGAGCAUGCUGCACAGAGGCAACAGGAUGCUGAACUUGUGAAGAUGCAAGAGGCAUCUGCCCUCAGAAGAGAAGAAGCUAGGCGUGCAACAGAACAGAAGAUUUUGGAAGAAAUGAUACGGACUGAGAAGGAAAAGGCUGAAAUAGAUCAGGAAGUAAACAGAGCUAAAGCUUUAGCAGAAGCAGAAGCUCGUGUUCAUGAAGAGAAGCAAUCAGAAGAAGUUACAAAAAGAAUGAUGUUGGAACGUAUGAAGGGUGAAAAGGAAAAGUGGCUCGCUGCAAUAAAUACAACCUUUUCACACAUUGAAGGUGGAUUCAAAGCACUGUUAACUGAUAGGAGCAAACUAAUAAUGGGUAUUGGAGGAGUUACUGCACUGGCCGCUGGAGUCUAUACUACUAGGGAAGGUGCGAGGGUUACAUGGAGUUACAUCAAUAGGAUCUUGGGUCAGCCUUCACUGAUCCGUGAAUCAUCAAUGCCAAAGUUCCCACUACCAAUGUCUAGGUUACUCAAACCAAGCUCAGCAUCUUUGUCGGGGGGAGCAGGCUUUGAGAAUGUGAUUCUGCACCCUUCACUCAAGCGGAGGAUUGAACAUCUUGCACGAGCAACUGCAAAUACAAAGUCUCAUGGUGCACCAUUCCGCAACAUGCUGUUUUAUGGUCCUCCUGGAACUGGCAAAACUUUAGUAGCCAGGGAGAUGGCUCGCAAAUCUGGCCUGGAUUAUGCCAUGAUGACGGGAGGAGAUGUUGCACCCUUAGGAUCAGAGGCUGUUACCAAGAUCCAUCAAAUAUUUGACUGGGCUAAGAAGUCCAAGAAAGGCAUGCUGGUUUUCAUUGAUGAAGCUGAUGCAUUCUUGUGCGAGCGUAACAGUACCCAUAUGAGCGAAGCUCAGCGGAGUGCUCUCAAUGCAUUGUUGUUUCGAACUGGCGACCAGUCCAGGGAUAUUGUCCUUGUCCUGGCAACAAACAGACCGGGUGACCUUGAUGCUGCUAUCACUGACCGCAUUGAUGAAGUCAUAGAGUUCCCCUUGCCCGGGGAGGAGGAGAGGUUUCAACUGCUCAAGCUAUACUUGCACCAAUAUAUACUCAAGGAAGAGGGCAAAGGAUCUUGGGGUGCAUUAUUCAAGAAGCAGCAGCGGAAGAUUCAGGUGAAUGGCAUAAGCGACGAUUUGCUCAGGGAAGCUGCAAGGAGGAUCGAUGGCUUCUCUGGCAGGGAGAUUGCAAAGCUUGUGGCUAGCGUGCAAGCUGCUGUUUAUGGCCGGCCUGGCUGCACAUUGGAUCCCCAGUUAUUUUCGGAGGUAGUUGACUACAAAGUUACUGAGCAUCACCAACGCAUCAUGCUUGCUUCUGAGGGUAUGGCUUGAUCAAUAAGAAAUAUUUUACCUGGAAGCCACAGGUUUCAAGCUAUCAAAGAUCGGGUUUGGUGAUGAGCGACAAAACUGACAAUCACCUCCCACUGACUUGUAGUCAUGUUUUGGAUCCCGUGGGACUUUUUGUAGGCGGAGGUUCUAUUUCCAGAAUUUUUGUUCCAUGUGCCUUGCCUGAAGCAAGGUCUGGUCCCGGAUGGACAUCCAAAUAGGCUGGUUGUGGUCAACUGAGUUUAGUUUAACUCAUUUAGUAGGUUUGCGCUGUGUUUUAACUUUUCCUUAAGUCUCUCGUGCCCCAUUCUUGGUAGCAUCUGUACGCUUGUUUAUGCCAAAGAAAAGGAUCAAAUUAUUUAGGUGAUAAUUCUUUGUCCAUUUUUUAAUUGAUUGGUUGCUAGCGAUUUUUCUU